GCAAUGGAAAAUAAUAUUUAUGUGUUUAUUAGAGAUUUAUAGAAAUUUUUCUGUAUGUCUUUGUAAUUCACACGUUGGAAAACCAAGUGAAAAGGAUUGUUAUGCCCCUCCAGGUCGUGUGGUGGCGCCUCUAAAUUUCCUUCCUGCGAGUUUGGAUUGUGUGACGACAUUUUACGCAUGCGCGUGAAGCGAACAACGGCUGGUGGUGACAUUUUAAAAUAAAGUAGAACAAGGUGCGAUUCGGUUUUCAAUGCAGCGGGUUUCAAUAAAAUCCUUAUUCCCCGAGCGUAUGUUUUAACAAUGAAACAGAGUAGGAGAACGGGUGACCUAAGAUGUUAAAGAAGUCGGGCAUGUAAAGACAAACAUUUUGAACCCAGAUCCACACAAGUUUGACUUCUCCAUUAUUUUGGCCCAGAAAUAAAAUAAACAGCAUUUAUUUAAAACUCAUGUGAAAGAGGAGCUUCAAACCCUGUCAGUCACAGGUUAACUCUUCCCGAGGUGUACUCCCGCUCACGCCUGCUUGGCUGCAUCAUCUUGUCACCCUGUGCUCUGAGGUCAGAGGGGGGGGGUCACUAUACUCAAGUGACAUGAAGAUGGCUGACACGGAAAAGCCUGAAGAGCUCGUGGACUCCAAGCUGCAGUCGGAGGAGCCAGCGGAGGGAGCGGCAGUGGAGGCAGCUGUGGGAGUGGUGGAGGAUGAGCCCCUUAAGACUGAGACCACCUCCUUGUCAGAAAAGGAAAUUGACAGCCCCCUGCAGAUGGAACCAGGCUUGCUCUCCAUGCCCUGUUUGUUGACGGAACUGCGCAGGGACUCCCCAGAGUCACAACCAGCAUCCACAGAGAGCGAGAAACCCCCUUCUUCUGGCCGUGCCUGCGAGAGCGACUCCUCCAACCCUUGCAUGCUCUCCCCGUCCUCCAGUGGUCACCUAGCUGACUCGGACACUCUCUCCUCAGGGGACGAAGAUGAGGAGCGUGGAGGCUCACAGGCCCAGCCUGCUGGUGCUGCAGAGGGCGGUAAUUUUGGCUCAGGGCCGGGGGGCCUGGUGACGAUGGGGGGACGAAAGUCACGUCGUGUGCGGUCUGAAAGCGACGCAUCCACAGCCAAAAAGAACCGCUGUCAGCCCAGUGGAGGUGACAGGCAGCCUAAUGGCAGGCUAGCUAAGGUCAAAGGGCACCGGAGCCAGAAGCACAAAGAGCGCAUGCGGUUACUGCGGCAGAAGCGGGAGGCAGCUGCCAGGAAAAAGUACAACCUGCUGCAGGACAGCAGUACGAGUGACAGCGACUUGACGUGCGAGUCCAGCACCAGCUCCUCCGACGAUGAUGACGCGGUUUCUGGGAGCAGCAAGACAAUCACUGCCGACAUACCAGAUGGGCCUCCAGUAAUUGCGCACUAUGAUAUUUCAGACACUAAUUCUGACCAGGAGAUGUUAAAUGUGGACAGUCUGCUUGCAGCUGCUGUAGCUAAGGAACUAAAAUCGUUCAGAACCCAAGAUAUGGGAGCAAAUUCUUGCGGACAGAGAGUGCAGCUUGGUGCAAGCUCCUACACAGAUCACAAAGAGACAGCAUUUGCACAUGGGGAUCCUCCAGCCUCCGGGCCCCUUGAGAUCAAAGAGGAGAUCAACAUCCCUUCUUCCGACAGCGAGGUGGAAAUUGUCGGUGUGCAAGAAAAUGCAAGAUGCAUCCACCCCCGCGGAGGCGUGAUCCAGAGCGUCUCGUCGUGGAAGCACGGCCCAGUUCCACAGUACAACAGCACAAGGCAACCUCAGCUCUGGACACCUGUCUCACCCCAGCCCAACUGGGCACCUCCACCCGAAGUGGUGGACCUCACUCUGGAUGAGGACGCCAGGCGCAAAUACCUACUGUGAGCAACCAAAGCACUGAGCCCCUUGGCCCUGUUCCCACGUCCCCUAAGUGCGCUGAAGAAAUCCUUCCCUCUCAGGAGGCCCGUAUGGGCGUUACUGACAGCUCGUCGCUCGUUAGAACCUGCCCCUUUUCUGAGUGCUGUCUGUUUUUGAACCUACUGUAAAAUCUGGUGUAUAAGUCCGCUUUCUAUAGCGUUUUCUUCUGUUUUGUUUCCUCAAAAAGGGCAGAAUGACCUAGUAUAGAGAUGACUUAUGCACAGGAUUAUAUGGUAAAUAUAGCAAUAUUUUCCUUUUCUACUAUUGUGACCCAGAAAUAUGUUUAUAAGUAGCUGCACUGUUUAUGCUAGCUAUAAAAAUAAAAAAAAAAAAAAAUCAUAAUAAUGCUGCUGCAUUUUAAAGAUGGCAAAGCUUCAUAAGUAGUCGUGGUUCAGGCGCUGUAAUUAUAAAGGCUUUCCCAGGUUUGUCACAUGAGUUCAUGAAAAAGUUUGGACGAGUUCUGAAAAUCCUACACUACAAGGAUUAUGGCUGGAAUAUUUCUUGGGCCAUUUGCAAGUUGUGAUUUUAUUGGUGACUUGUCUAGUGUGAACAGAAUUUCAGGGAGGGUGCAGCAUAUUUAUUAAGAAUUUGGUGAAGACUUUUAGAACUGGAGGAUGCUCAGUGGUGGCAGAGGUUGUCGUCAUCAUAAGCAGUUGGUUUUCAUGACCUACAGGUUAGUUCUUAAAAUACGCUGUUUUCUUUGCAACGUGAAUGCUGGUUCCUCACACACAGAACAAAAAACAUCUACAUACCGCAAUGUCAUUUGUCUGCUUCUGUUUAUAAUUGAAUGUACUUUUAUAACAUUCUUACAUUUCUGUUCAUAUCGUUGAACAUUUUCACUAAUGUAAUUCUGAGUACUUGGCAGAGAAGGUGAAGAGAGACAUGCAUUUUGACAGUUAUUGGAGGACUCCACUUGCGAUAAAUUGCAUAAUCAGGUACAGCUGGAAAAUGUCAACAGGAUUUCAUUUAGAAAAAUAGUUGUGGAAUCUUAAUUUGAUCAAUAACAAUUUGUAGUGUAUAUUCUGCUUAUGUAUGCAUGUUUAUCAGGAUUGGCAUUGUGGUGAAUUUCCUUUCUCAAGUUCUGCAAGUUGCCUUUGUUGAAGGCAAAUAUACAAAAUGAUAAAAAAAAAAAAAAAAAAUAGUAAAUACUCAGUCUUGGGUCUUUUUUGCAAGCCUGAAAUCAUUUUCGAAUAGAAGUACCCUUCUUCUGGUGUCAAAAGUUGAAAACAGAAACACUGUGAUUAUACUGGUUAGUAGAAUUAAGUUGUUGACAGAUUGAACUGAAAUAACUUUGAGCAGUGUGCUGCGCUACUGAACCACAGACAGACUGUGCGCUGCAGCCGGUGUGUGUUCUCAUGGAAAGGUCAUCUUUUUUGCCAUGCAGCAGGGUUUCGGUAAGACCUGUCACAGCACUUGCUUUUAGCUCUUGAAUGUAUAGACGAGCGUGUUAAACGAAUUUGGCACAAGUCCGACCGGUCAGAACGAAAUUGGCCUACCGACACCAGCAUGAGUCGCGCCUGCCUUCCACUAGCCCAGUAACUCACCCAGUAACCCUUUACAUCAUGAAAUAUGCUGUAACUUCCAUUUAGCGCUUUGAUCACUGAGCAUCAUGACCCAAAUGCCUCAGAAUGUGCACUGUUUUCUUUGGGAGUCAUGUAUGUCUGAUACCUGAAACACGGCAUUUUUUGGCCUCUUUACAAAUCCUAUUUUAAUGAUAGAUGUGAAUUUGUUACAUAAAUAUCAGGAAAACAUACUGGUGUGUGUGAGACUAAUAUUUGAGGAGCACAGAGAGAUAUAUUUGUCAGUGUUCUCAGAGGGGACUCUGUGCUCUUUGUACACAUUUAUAUUGGCUUAAAGAAGCUAGAGCAGUUUUUUAAUUUAAUAUUAGCUUUGAGCUGGGAAAUAUAAUCUAUUUUGGUGUAAACGUGUCUGUUUCUCCUACAGAUGGCAUUAAAUUACUGCUUUAUCCCUGAGCAAAAGGGUGUGUGCUAGACAUUUCAGGAGACACUGAUCAGUAGAUGCAUAAAGGGAAUUGACAGGUCUUCGCCACUUCGGCAUUGCCAUCGUUUUUAACUCUUAAAUCCAUUUGCUGGAACGUAUGGUUGUAUGGUUUUUUUAUGCAAAAAUAACAGCAACUGGGAUGUGAGUGAAAUGUGAUGGCAUUUACGUUGAAAAUGAACAAAACUGAUUAUAUGCACGAUGCUCCUUGAUCUGUAGUAACUCUGUACAGCUGAAGCAAAACUCUACCCCAUGCGUAAGGGAUGUUUAGCUGCUUUUUGAAAAACUCCUCAGUUACUGUAAAUUCCCACAAGCUUUUUUACUUUUAGUUGUAACCACUGGAUGCAGCUAGCACUUCAUUUGUAUCGGUUCUAGGCUUCGUAUCGUGGAUAUUUAUCUGAUGGUUAUUUUGGAGGAUUGGUAAUCCCACAUCACAAUGCAAGCUUGUUUCGUCAGCUGAUGGAUGCUCUGAUUUUCCUUUAUGUCUUUGACGUGUUUCUUGAUAGGCUUUGAGAUAUUUGUUUAACCAAAUAUGAACAGAACCACCCAGCUUCGCAGACCUUCAGGCAGAUUUGGGGGGGGGGGGGG